AACGCCAUGGAUAAAUCAUGAACUUGACAGAUUAUUUUCAGAAUUUAAGAACAUUUCUGGAUUCCUUAAAUUUAAUAACUUCUCGUGAUAUUUGGCAACACUUUCGUUCAAGUCAUCCAUGAGUUUCUUCUGUUGCUGGAGAAAUCUUUUUUUCAGGGAACAAUUUGCUCUUCGCGAUAGUUUUUACGAAGAGGUUACAGACGAAAAAUGGAAAAUUUUAACAACUUCUUCCACAAGGCAGCAUUCAAAAAAAAACGAUAACUUAGUCAUCCCACAAGACAUGCUUCUUAUGAAAACCAAUGUACUCUCACAUAUCCCAGAAUGCUUUGACCUCAGCUCCCCAAAAGUACCCGUGAAGCAUCGCGGAAAACUCAAGGAAAGACACCCACCCAAAACCCAAGUGUUUGUCCAAAAACGACCCAAAAAUGAGCCGCUGGUAAGAACAAAAUCCGACGAGGAGAAAAUCAAACAUUUCCAAGAAAGAAAUAGAAACCUAAGGCAUGAAACUGCAUCUGAUAGUAACUCUACAACCAAAGUACGAUUUACCGAUGCUGAUGGCCAAGUUGGUGAUCCUUCAAGCUACACAUACCAGAAAACCAAGUCUAAAAUAAGAUUGAAAACGAAAACCAAAAUACGACGAAGUAACUGGAGGUCAAAAAGCGCUCCUACUCUUAGAAGAAACGAAGAAAUCACUACAUCGUGUACAGAGUUUAGUCAAGAAACCAACAUCUCGUUUGCAGCCUACGUGAAGAAAAGGACGCCAAAUCUGAAUCUUUCUAAAAAGUCCAAAGCAAAAACUCAGAAACUAAGACGAACUCAUGGAUCUGAAAAUAUUAACUUGGUAGGUUUUGCAGGAAAAGAUGAAUCCCUUAAAUCAGCAAGUAAGAGAAACGUCACUUUUAACCCAAUUUUUGAGGACGAAGACUUUGAGGAGCAAGGUACUGCUCACAAUACACGUGAAAAUCACGUGACAAGCAACAGACUUUCACGUGAAUCUCAUGUGAGCAGCAGAAUCAAUGAGAAUACUAAGUCACGUGGUAGCGACUUGAAAAGUGCACCAAAACGACACACUGAUCACGUGCAAAAUUUUGAGUCAUUGAAAAGAGAUCCUCACGUUCAGGGCACCAAUAGGGACAUCGAAGUAAGAUCACACAACGACGAUACUGAAUACGAAAUUCCAAUCACACGUAUUGAUGACAAUUUGACCGAAUUUGACGAAGAAAAGUACAGCGAUCACGUGCCAGUCACGUGCAUUGACCAAAGAGAUCCCCACGUGCCAGUCACGUGCAUUGGCCGAGAAAACUAUAGCAAUGACGUGCCUGUCACAUGUAUAGACGAUGUACCAGUGACAUGUAUCGAUGAGAUACUUGAACAUCAUGAUCACGUACAAAAUAAGAACGAUUAUGUUGGCAGUCACGUGAGGAAACCAACCCUUAUAAGGGCAGGGCGUCUACACGAUCUUGAUAUGUGUAAUUGGUACGAUGAGGAUUAUGAUUAUGAUUACAAUCAAGAGUAUGAUGAUGAUGAUGAUGACUUUGAAACUCGUAUGCUGCGACGAACUGCCACGAUUUUAACAUUUGAUUUGAAAAGUCGUCGACGUGAACUGUAUACAAUCGAUGAACAACCAAAUGAAGAAUGAGAGACUCAUGGGUAGCUUUUAGUCGGCUAAUAUGCUCCUUGUUUUGGGACAAAAUUUCAGCCGGGGCGGGGAGGGGAGUUUCCCAUUUUUAGUACAUUAAAGAAAAGCUGUAGCUAAAAUAACGAUAUAAUAUCCAGCAAAACAAGAUAGAGUGGUUUUCAUUAACCUGUGAAACACACUUUAGCGUACAGAAACUCAUAAGGGUUUCUGAGCGUAUUUAUCGCUAUUACACUUUGGCUCUUUUGUUUUUUUAUUGUCUCUACGCGACUAUUACGAUCUAUUACACUCUAAUUAUUACACUUUGUUUCACGGGUUUAUGAAAACCACUCUAAUAUGCCAUUAAAGUUUUGAAUAAAAUCUAAUUUUGAUUCUAAAUGUAUACACCUAGUUUAAAAAGGCGGUAAUAGACAAUGGAAAUUACGACCGAAGUGUAGUAUGGGUAUAAAGUUAAAGAUUCAUUGCUUGAGACUUGUGUUACUAUCAAGCACUUAGCUCUUGUGUCUAGAUUCAAUGAGCCUCAAAAAUAAACAGGCUGGACGGUUCAAAAUUCAAUAACAAAAUAAAAAUUCCAAUUUUUCUGUCAUAUGUUAUUUUCCGCCAGGCGUUCCAAGCAAUUUAAAUUGUUUCAAAAAACGAGACAUUACGUCAUUCCU